GGGAUAAGUUCUUUGUUGUUAUUAUGUGUAAAUUAGUGAGGUUUUGGUCUGAAAUUGAGAAGUGGGAACAUGGUGGGAUUUCCAGGGUAUGAUAUUUCUAGCAGAGAAUUUCACAACUUUGCGUCUGUGUUUUCUGGCAUAAUUCUCUGCGUCAUUGUUUAUAAAUUAACAGGUCUAUUUAGCCUUCGUUGCUUCAAGGGAUAUGGCAAGUUAACCAAAGCACAAAAAAUUGAAUGGAACAACAGGGGGAUUUCAACAGCUCAUGCCAUUGUUGUAGCAAUUGCAUCUUUCUACCUCGUAGUGCUAUCCGAUUUGUUUAAAGAGGAUUCUGGUGAUGGGCUGAUCGUCAACAGAUCAUCUACUUUGUCAAAUACAGUGAUGGGGAUCUCCAUUGGUUAUUUUCUGACGGACUUGGGGAUGAUUUUUUGGCUUUUCCCAGCUUUAGGUGGUCUGGAGUAUGUUAUACACCAUGGGCUAUCCAUGUUUUCAAUCAUUCUCUCCCUUGCGAGUGGUCAAGCGCAGAUGUACAUACUAAUGGUUCUCUUCUCUGAAAGCACCACGCCUUUUGUGAACUUAAGAUGGUACUUGGAUACUGCUGGUCAGAAGAACUCCACUCUCUACAUCUUCAAUGGCGUUGCACUAUUCCUCGGGUGGUUGGUUGCAAGGAUUCUUUUGUUCAUUUACUUCUUCAUCCACAUGUCUACUCAUUUCAAUGAGGUGAAGACAAUAUUUCCGUUGGGCUUCUACAGCUUGCUGGCGGUGGCGCCAGUGUUAGCAGCUAUGAAUCUAUUCUGGUUUUGGAAGAUUGCAAAAGGUUUGAUCAAAACUCUUUCCAAGGCAAGACACAGCCAGUGAUGCUGCCACCAUUCGAAAACAUGGGUAUUUCACAUUUGACUUGCCCAAUGUACAUUUAGUUGUAUGCCUUUUCACCCCUUCUUCCUCACACCUUUUAAUCUUGGAAAAUAUUCAAGGUAUACAUUCUUUUCCAUGUUCAUGAUUUAGAAGAAUAUAUUCAAAGUUGUUCAUAAGAUAUUUGAAAACUCCAAUUUUUUUUUUUCUAAUGGGCCACACAAUCAUGCCUAACGUUAGCUGGAAAGUUUAUGAUCUGGGACUUCUUUUUCUGAACUUGAAGAGCAAAUUUGGAACUAAUGCUAAUCAAAUUUGGUAUUGAACAGUUGGGAUAAAAGUUGUAACAAUU